GCUAAACCAAGAAGACACCAGCAGACACGAGAUUCUCCUGGUCACGCCUCCGUCCUCUCCGACCUAAAUCUCCACGGCCCCUGACCCUGCUGCCUGAGCUCUUGCUGCGCAGGCUGCGCGUUCGAUGCUGCGUUGCGAGAUCGAGGUGUUGCCGACUGACGGCGAGAUGAGUGCGACCGACCUCUACGACGCCGCGUCAUCCGCAGGCUCUCUCCGCGGACUCUCCUGCUGCGGAUGGAGGACCGAGCCUCUAUUCUUUACUGCGCGGCGUCAAAGGCGUGCAGUCUGCAAGGCUUCUCUGCUCCGCCCAAGGCCCGUCUCUCCUCCCGCCGCACCACUCGCAUCUCUCAGAACACCUACUACGCACUUGCCGUGCAGGCGUGGACGCGUUUGCGACCUGCUCCCGCCUCUUCAGCGUGGCCCUCGAGCGGAUCCACGAGCUUCACCUGCCGUGCCUCGGUCGUGUGGCGGCGGCGCAUCUCGUUCGCCACGGCUGGGCGGUUGUCGACGACUGGAUGGAUGCGGAGGCAGUGGCAGAGGUCGAGAGGCUCGCUGCGGCAUCCGCGUGCGGCUGGGCGGAGGGCGGCAGCGACGGCGUCGAGUGGCGGGCGCCAGAGCCGCGCCACGCUCGCACCGACCUCGCGACGUGGCUCAAGACCGGCGAGCGGCCGGCGUGUGAGCCUGUGUUUGCGGACCGCGUCCUGCCGCGAUUCGACGCCCUGGCGGUCGACCUCGGCGAGCUCAUGGAGGGCGUCGGCAGCCGGCUGGAGGUGCAGCUGGCCCACUUUUCUGGGGGCAAGCAGGCGCGGUACCGGCGGCACACAGACGCGACCGCAGACCCGCGGCCAGAGAGCCGCGAGCGCAAGGUGACCUGCAUCCUGUACUGCAACUCUACCUGGGUCGAGGCGAGUGAGGGCUGCUUGCGGCUGACCAGGGCCGACUGCGAGAAUGCGACCGGGCUGAAGGCCAGGCCGGAGGGGGCGAGGGGCACGGCCGGCAGCACGAUGGACAUCCCGCCGAUCGGCGGGCGGCUGCUCUGCUUUCUGAGCGGCGCGAUGGUGCACGAGGUGCUGCCCACCAAGGCGGACAGGAUCGCGGUCACUGCGUGGGUAGCAUGAGAGAAAUGAAAGGAACACGCGUUCAACGAAACGCCGCGAUAUGUGCUACCCAUUUCGGGCCCCCACUUGCGUGUGUGGAGGACGUCGACCUAAAUCCG